AUGGAUCUCGAAAACCAGAAAGUGCCGUUCCAGCAGGUGACCACGGAGCUGUCCGAUUCGCUGCAGACCAUCUCGGCCGACGUGGCGAAACUCGACCGGUUUGUGUCGUGGAUCGGAACCCGAAAAGAUGGAGAUACCAACCGUGGCCGUGUCACCGAUCUGGCGGAGAAAAUCACCGCCGACAUCAAAACCAUGCAUGCCAACGUGCGCCGGCUCAACAUGUUUCCCGAGGCGGAGCUGUCCAACACGGAGCAGUUUGCCCAGAAACGGCUGAGCAACGAGUUCGGCCUGCUCCUGAGCCGGUUCCAAAACCUGCAGCAUCAGAGUACCGAUGCGUACAAGAGGCAGGAUACUGCAGCCCGAGCGGCCCUGGAGGAAGAACGGAGCGAACAGGACCGCCUGCUGGCAGCCAAGCCCAUGGGCAUGAACAACACCAACUACGGAGGACUGCAGGACCAGCUGCUGGACGUGGUGGACCAGUCGGAGGUGGACCUGCAACAGGUGCUCAUUGCUGAGCGAGAGGAGGACAUUCGGGGCAUCGAACAGGGCAUCAACGACAUUAACGGCAUCUACAGAGACCUCGGUGCGUUAAUAGCCCACCAGGGAGAACAGAUGGACUCUGUGGAGAACAACAUCUCCACGGUGGCGGAUCAGACCUCCGCAGCUGCUGGAGAGCUCGUCAAGGCCAACGAUUACCAGAAAAAGCGAAGAACUUGUUCUCUGAUUGUCCUUGGAAUCAUGAUCCUCGCCCUCAUCAUCAUUCUAGCAGUCGCCGCGUAA